AUGCCAUCCAAAAAGAACGCCAAAAAGCGCGCCCUCCCGACAAUGGCGGCAACCUCCACCCCAGCAUUACCAUCGUCAUCACCCUCACCGCCAACAGAACCCGCCGCAUCGAGCCCCCCCACCAACGACCCCCAAUCCUGGACAUCCUUAAACCCCCCACUAUCCCCAUGGCUCCACACAGCGUUGCAAACCCUCUCCUUCGAGCGCAUGACGCCCGUACAGGCAAGCACGAUCCCUCUCUUCCUGGGAAACAAGGAUGUGGUCGUCGAGGCGGUAACCGGCAGCGGGAAAACCCUCUCCUACCUCCUCCCGCUCAUCCAGCGCCUGUCCAGCGCGGAGCGCCGGAGACACCACAUCGGCGGGAUAGUCAUCAUCCCGACGCGGGAGUUGGCCGGGCAGAUAUUCUCCGUCCUGUCCUCCCUUCUGCAGUUCCAGCCAUCCUCGGGGACCGCUGGAUUGAAAGUGCAGCUGUUGCGCGGUGGCGAUGGUGACGCCCGAAGCGACUUGCAGGCCUUCCUGCGCGACGGUCCGGACAUUCUGGUGUGCACGCCUGGCAGGUUGGAGGAGUUGCUGGGGAGUCGGUAUGUGGUUGUUUCUGGCGAGACCUUUGAGAUGCUCGUGCUCGAUGAGGCGGAUCGGUUGCUGGAUUUGGGGUUUUCGGAGGUGCUCGCGGGAAUCAUGGCCCGUUUGCCGAAGCAGCGGAGGACUGGGCUCUUUAGUGCUAGUGUCACGGAGGCUGUGGUCGGGGGGUUGGUUAGGAGCGGGCUUAGGAAUCCGGUCAAGGUUGUCGUCAAGGUUAAGGAGAGGGAGGUUGAGAGAAGGGUUCCCGUUAGGUACGCUUUUUAUCUUCCAUUCUACUUUCUACGAAUGCGGGGGGGAGCGCUGAUGAUGCUCCAGUUUGGAAAACAACUACAUAAUAGCAACCCCUCCUUCCCGCUACCCACACAUCCAGCACAUCCUCGCCACCACCACCCCCCAACCCCAGAAAUCAAUAAUCUACCUCCAAACCUGCGCGAGUGUAGACCUGCACAUAGCCCUCUUCCCCCUCUUCAUCCCGAAGGAAUACACUCUACUCCCCCUCCACGGCCACCAAUCCCCCCCCCAGCGAAAACGAAACUUCACAGCCUUCCUAACCUCCACAAACCCCACCAUCCUCUUGACAACCGACCUCGCGGCACGCGGGCUAGAUAUCCCAGAGGUAGACCUAGUCCUGCAGCUCGAUCCGCCAACCGACCCAAAAGUCUUCCUCCACCGCUGUGGGCGCGCUGCACGCGCCGGCCGUCGCGGUCGCGCAAUCCUAUUCCUAUCACCAGGGCGCGAGGAGGAGUACAUCUCCUUCCUCUCCAUAAGAAAAACCCCCGUCACGCCCUUCCCUUCCCACUCACCCUUGGAAUUAUCGGGCACAACAAAAUCAAUAAUAGACAGGUUUAGAAAGAGGACGGCGGGCGAUAAAGCCCUUCACGAUAAAGCGUUGAAAGCAACCGUCAGCCACGUCCGCGCUUAUAGCAAGCAUGCCACGGCCAGUAUCUUUCGCGUGCAAGAGCUGGACUGGAAGGGACUCGCGGAGGCGUUUGGCAUCCUGUGGAUGCCAAGGAUGCCAGAGCUCAAGGGGGUGAAGGUAGAACUGGGAGUGGAGGGGGUGGAGAGGGAUUCGCUCGGGUACAUGGAUGGGAAGCGGGAGGCUGCGAGGCUUGCAAGGGUUGUCGAGGGGGAAAAGGUGCGAAAGGGGAGGGGGAGGAGCGAAGCUUGGAGUGGAAAAGCGAGGGAAAAGGUUGCGCGCGAGAUGCGCAGGGAGAAGCGUAGAAAGAAGAGGACCGCGGGGAUGUCUGAUGAGCGCAAAGCGAAGGAGGAGGAGUGGAGGGAAUUGGUCGAGGAAGUUAAAAAGGAGCGGGCGGAGCGGGGGUUGGAAAAGACUGGGGAUGUGGGGGGUUGGUUUGAGGACAUGAUUUGA